AUGGGUGACAGUUUGGAUGAGUCUUGGGGCGUGUCGACUGUGUCGAGUGAGGUUUCAGGGAGCGAAGAAUGGUUCGGGGUGGAUAAGCAAUUAUGGGAGAUAGUACCCUGCGAUUCGGUCGAGGCAGUGGACUCGGUCGAAGCGGUGGAUUCGGAGCCUGAGUGGUCGCCCAAGUCGGGUGAGGAGGAGGAGUCGGUGCCCUCGAGUGCGUUUCCACCCGACUCCGAUGAGUGUCUGAACGACUCCUCGUCCUUCGCUGUGAGUCUCUCCGACGUCAGCAUCGGCCAAAUCCACUCAGACAUCGGGUCCGCCGUGUUACUCAGCGGUUCUGCUCUGUUCGACCGACACCCAGAAGACCUCCCUUGGGGCAGUCCCUCCGCCGAGUCUGGCGGCAUGCAUAGCUCCAUCCGCUUCUCCCAACAGCGAAUCCAGGCCCAGUGGGUCAAGGCCCAGUGGGUCAAGGCCCAGUGGGUCAAGGCCCAGUGGGUCAAGACCCAACGAAAUGGGUCCAGACCGCACCAGGAUAGCGAAGAGGGGAGAUUGGAUGGGGCAGAACUGUUUAGAAACAGCGUGCCGGAACUAAAUGAUGAAGACCUGCAGCUGGCAGUGCAGGCCGAAUUGAAGACGCCUUCUGUGGCGGAGCAGUCAUGGGCACCGACGAAGCCGUUUGUGCCGCGGUUGCAGCACGCGGUGCACGGGUCGAGGAUCCCGCGUUCGCGACCACGGAAGUCGGCGGACGCCGGCGCGGGGGCGGAGGCGGAAUCGAACGCGGGGGUGGCAGGCUCGGAGGCGCUUGAGCGGGAGCCUGCACAGAGGUCUUUGUCCAAUUCACCAAGGGGCCGAGGGUCAGUGAAGAGUCGAGGCGGCUACGUCCCUGAGGAGGAGGAGGAUGACGACGACGACUCGUCGGAUGAGAAGACCAUUGGCGUAGUCGAGCAGAAAAAUUUCAGCGACACUGAUGAUCUGGCCGGACUCACCCCGGAGGUGUUCCACGAUAGCUACGGCACUCGUGACAGCUACGGCGGGCGGCUGGCGUCGACGAACAAGCCGCUGAGUACUCAACAGAACUCCUAUUUUUCCCAAUCGGAGUCGGGUCCGGAAGACCUGGCCAUAGGGGGCAUAGCCGACGAGCACGGAAAGCUAAAGUUGUUUGGGGGUCUUUCGGAAACAGAGGACGACAAUGACGACGUGGUGUUGUGUUACCGGCCUGCUAACUACUCUAUCUCUCGACUCCAAGACAUUGCGUGUAAUGAUGCGGGUUGGUUCUCCACUAUUGGCGACCGCCCCUGUCCUAUAAUCCGUGCGCGUUUGCAUAGACACCACACUACUGGUCGCACGUUGAUGUUUACAGUGCCGCGGCCAAUCUAUUCCAAGAUGCUUUCUUGGGGUCAUUACGAGUGCGAAGUAACAUUGGAGAGACGUGUUCGAGUUCGCAAACGAGUGCUCUGGAUACCCUCUAUCGACGAACCAGGGAGCUACAUCAUCAACCUUUGUUGCUAUAUUAUGUUUAUUGCUCUGAUUUACGACCUUACCACAGUCAUGUACAUGCUAUGCAAAAGACUAUUUUCGGACGUAUGGUAUGUGUCCGCCUUACUCGUUAUUCAGGCGCUCGCAGACUUAAGCCCCUACCUCAUGGCGAAAACGCGCUCCUUUGGCGUCGUCUUCGCCCUCUACGUCCUGGUCUGUGGUAUGUUCGCGUGCACCAAGCUCGGCAUUUUUGCGUAUCUCGUUUCCCUGCUAGUGAAAUCCGGAAAAAGCGAACACAAUGCGCCAAGCGUAACCAUGCGUGCCGUGCGUUCGGAGGCAUUUGAUACACGACUGACUGGUGAUCGACUGAACAGUUAUACACGACCGACUGGCAGCAGCCAGGUUUUGUUAGGCUUGCCCAGCAGGCGCCAAAUACUGACUGGCUUCAGGAAUUUGAAUGCCGACAUUUAUAAUCGGCAAGAUGAUGGUGACAGCCGCCUGGCAAGCACCAUCACCGUGAAGGGUGCUGACAACAGUGCUUCAGACGGGCAGCACAUGACUCAGUUUUCAAUAUGCAUUUGUCUUGCUAUGGGAUUCCUCAGUUUCUUGGUUACUUUGCUCAACGUUGCAGCAUGCCUUGUCCUCAAACAAUUGUUUCGUUUGGAAGAACGACUAAUCCGUAUGGUGACUCUUCAUCAAAAAACCUCUCGAAGACUUUCGACAGCACCCUUCGAACUCUGGUGCGCGGGACUCUUUCCCAUACCCCCUCCCCAGCGAGCCACAUCGCCGUAG